ACACGAAGGAGAACUCCCUCCUUAUAUUAUACUCUCUACUCCAUAUUAUUUAUUCAUACUUAUUUUCAAUUUUAACAUGGUAUCAGAGCCGAAACCCUGGAAACAAAUUUACACUCUUCCUCCUACAUUUUUCUUUUGAUUAAGCAGUGGCUUGUGGUGAUAUAACCAUGUCACAUGAAGCUAUUUUUUCUUCCUCAUCUAAUGCCCAAAUAAAUAUGGCAUAUACAUUGCCGCAUGCUCGUCCUUGGAUAAUUGAUUCCGGAGCUAGUGAACAUAUCACUUGUAGUGAUGUUAAUCUUUUUGAUAUUGUCACUCACACAACGGAACCGUCCGUCAAAAUACCUAACGGCGAAUCCGUUCCGGUCCAUUCCAUCGGUAGUUUAUACUUACCCAAUGGGCUUUGUCUUAAACGUGUUUUAUACAUUCCAAAAUUCCAAUGCAACUUGCUUUCCGCUAGUCGCCUAACAAGUGAUCUAAGUUGCACUCUAACAUUUUUUCCGGAUUUCUGCGUUCUACAAGAGUUAUCCUCAAGAAAGUUAAUUGGGGUGGGAAGACUCCGCGAUGGUCUUUACUACAUGGAAUCUCCCGGGUCCGAAAGAGUGGCACUCUCCGUCUCCAUCACUUCCGAUUUAUGGCAUCAACGUUUGGGACAUGCUUCCGAUGGAAAGCUACACCACAUUAGUUCUCUCAAGGGUUUUCAACAAAGUAGCAACUUUUGUGAUCCUUGCCUCCGAGCUAAACAAACUAGACUGCCGUUUCCUACGAGUACAAUUAAAACAACUCGUUGCUUUGAGUUGAUACAUUGUGACAUUUGGGGAGGCUAUAGAUCCGAUUCACUAUCUGGUGCAAGGUAUUUUCUAUCUAUUGUUGAUGACUUUACCAGAGGUGUGUGGGUCUACUUGAUGAAAAAUAAAUCUGAAGUUUCUCAAUUUUUAAUAAAGUUUUGCAAUAUGGUUUACACCCAAUUUGAGCAAAGGGUCAAGCGGAUAAGAGCUGAUAAUGGUGUGGAGUUUCAAACCAACAUUUUAAGUGAUUAUUAUGGACGGAAUGGAAUAUUGUUAGAAACAUCAUGCACAGACACACCACAACAAAAUGGGGUUGUAGAACGUAAACACAGACACAUAUUGGAAGUUGCAAGGGCACUACGCUUCCAGUCUGGGUUACCUAUUAAUUUUUGGGGAGAAUGUAUUUUAACUGCUGUUUAUAUCAUUAACAGACUCCCCUCGCCUGUUAUUUUUAACAAAAGUCCUUUUGAAAUGUUGCUUGGAAAAGUGCCUAGUUAUGAUCAUCUACGGGUGUUUGGAUGCUUAGUAUAUGCGCACGAUAAUAAACAGAAGGAUAAAUUCAGUGAGAGGGGGAGUCCUGGAAUAUUUAUUGGCUAUCCACACGGUCAAAAGGCUUAUAAAAUUUUUGAUUUGCAAAAACAAACGGUCUACAGCUCUCGAGAUGUGGUGUUUUAUGAAGAUAAAUUCCCUUUUAAAAUUGCCUUGGAUGAGGAGCUUGAGUUCUCGACACUUGUUCAGAAGGUUUGCAAUCACACAUUAAAUCAAAAGCAAGGGUAUUCUACAUCACCGCACCUCACAUCAAGGGAAAAUUAUUUUCCCCACUCAAUUGCCACCCAUGAAAGACAAGUUGGGAAAAAUAAUUAUGGCCCCACAUCAAUACAAAGAAACCAGCCGCAGGAGGUUCACUCACCUAGACAGCAGCAACUAGUUCGGCAGUAUACUUAUGACCCCACAUCGGCUGAAAUAAAUGACCAGCUACGUUGCCAAGAAAAUAUGCCGACUCCUGUGCGUGACUCACCAAGACCCACACCUACUGAACGGACCAUCCCAGUGUUGUCUGAGGAGCGGCUGCCCCACCAUCAACAGCUGCAGCGACCCUUCGUUGUGGCUCCAGUACGUGAAACAACGUCACCGGAUCACACAUCUGAGAUAAUUGAUGAACUACAAGUUAAAACCCCCAUUCCACUCACCCCACAUAUGCAAUCAAUCACCGCACCAGGACUGUUAUCCACCGGCCCCACCAUUCCAUCUUCAUGCAUUGCACCUUGUGAGUAGGGGUGGGCAAAAAUACCGAAAUAUCGGUAUACCGCACUUACCGUACCGAAAAAUACCGGAAAAUACCGAAAUAUUGGUAUACCGUCAUUUUCGGUACGGUAUCAUACCGUACCGAUCUAUUUCGGUACGGUAACGGUAAAUGUUUUCAAAUACCGCGGUAUACCGGUAUAAUACCGUACCGACUCCCUACUCAACAAUUACUUUUAAUUCUAAUACUUCGUAUAUUGUAGAAAUCCAUUACAAUUUUGAAGCCCAAAAUUAAUACUUUUUUUUUCGAGGGUCCGAUCCAAAAUUAAUACUUAAGUUGGUUACAAAUACAAAAAUACAAAAAUACAAAAAUAAAUGCCCAAUUUCUCAAACCCACUAUAACCUUAUAGGCUUCUACUACGCUAACCUUAAUGACUAAUGACUAAUGUGAAAAUGUGAAGAAACAAGUCCAUCUUGUUCCAAGAUCUUGCAAGUCGUGAUGCUUGAGCCGCUAAGUAGCUGACAAGCGAAGAGAGAUACACUUAUGUGACAAGUGUAUCUACAUAGGGAUUCCGCGAGUCGAGACACACAACUUUAUCCGAAAGUCUUAUUCAAAUUUUAAAAAAUUAUAAAAAUGAAUAUAUACACAAUAUCAUAUUAGAAAUAAAUGAUUUUAUAUCCAUGUUGUUUGAAUAGUUUUAUUUAUUUUUGUUAGAGAUCACUGUUGAUUUAAUUAUAUCUAUAUUGUUCAAGUUAUUUUAGGAGAAUGUGUUACUUUUUAA